AUGCUCUGCCUCGUGCUCUCUGCUAUUGCUGUCUGCUGCUCUCAACCUACUCUUCUUCUUGCGUUUCCUGUUGCUUGCCUUGUGCAGCUUUUGGGUGUCCCUGCCGCGUUCUCGUUUGCCUUUGGCUACGUUCUUUCGCACUUUUGGCCUUCUUUUGUUGCCUGUUGGUCCUCUCUUGUUGCCUUUUGGUCUUCGUUUGUCGCCUGGUGUUCUUCUUUUGUUGCCUGUUGGUUGUCGUUUGGUGCCUUGUGGUCCUCUUUUGUUGCCUUGUGGUCCUCUUUUGGUGCGUUGUUGUCCUCUUUCGUUGCGUGGUCUUUUGUUGCGUUGUGGUCCUCGUUUGCUGCCUUGUGGUCCUCUUUUGUUGCAUUCGUGGUGAUGUGGCAGUCCAUUGUCAAUCCCACUUACAACCCUUACUCGCCUCUUCGCCCAUUGCCUGGCAUCAUUGUGACCGACCUCUCUCCAUCACGUGAAGUCCUCUCGGUUCACUUUGUUCGCUUUGACCCUUCUUGUCCUCCUCCUGCUGGUGUUCCUUGUGUUCACGAGGGCAACAAAGUUGUCUCUGGUUCUUGUGUUGGUGUUGGCGCUGCUGCUGCUUCGGCUUCUUCUGUUACUGCUUGUGACAAAGUUGUCCUUGAUCACGCUGAUGAUGUUGCUCCUUCUUGUGGUUCUCCUCUUGGUACUUCUGGUGACUCUGAUGAUGACGAUGUCUCUCUUUCUGCUUGUGGUGGUCUCGAUUCGGCUUGUGUUGGUGAUGGUGUCGCUGCUGCUCCUGGUGAUGAGGAUGCUUCUUUUUCGGCUGGUGUUCCUCUUGGUUCCAAUGCUGUGCCUUCUGAUGAUGAUGAUGAUUUGAGUGCUGAUGUGGUGGCCUCUCAUGAUGUUGAUGGCUCGCUUCCUUUUGGUGGUGAUGGCCCUGUUCCUUCUGUUGUUGGUGAUGUUGCGCCUGCUGAUGCUGAGGCUGUUGAUGUUGAAGCUGUUGAGGAUGUGCCUGCUUUUGAGGACGUGCCUGCUGUUGAGGACGUGCCUGCUGUUGUUGCUCCUGUUGAGGACAUGCCUGAUGUUGUUGCUCCUGUUGAGGACGUUCCUGCUGUUGCUGCUGUACCUGCUGUGCCUGAUGUGGAGGAUGUGGAUGCUAUGGAAGUUGUUGACCAUGAUCUUGAUGAUGACAUUGAUGAGCUAUGCUUUCUUUUCCACCACUUGACUGCCGACGAUCCUUUUGACGAGGAUGCGUAUAUGGCUCCUCCCUUUGACAGACGCUUUGUCGAACCAAUCAAUUGGAUGGAAAUUGAGGACGACCUCCUUUCGGUGAUGUCAACUUCGUCAAUCCUUUCUGAUCCUGAACCAGAGCCAAUGGAAGCUGAACCUUUGUCACCUAUUACCGCAAUUCCCACCACCAUCAACACCGCUGCUUCCAUUGCCAACAUCACAUUCCUUUUCGACCCUGUACCUGAACCCAUGGAAGUUGUAACUUCUCCUUCUCUUACCGCAAUUCCUAUCACCACCAUCAACACCGCUUCUUCCAUUGACAACACCAUCAACACCGCUAUCACUCCUACCACCACUAUUACCGCUUCCUCUAUUGCCACCACCGCCAACAUCACUACCGCCAAUCCUCAAGCCAUCAUUAAUACCGCUACUUCUACUGCUACUACGCUCAUUACUUCUCCUCCUCGUCCUCGUACGAAUACAUCUAUGCCACCACCACCACCACGCACCACUACUACUCUCGUUACUUCGCCUCCUCGUCCACGUAUGAACUCGUCUAUGCCUCCACCAACACCACGACCACCACGCACUGCCACCACUGUCAUUACUUCUCCUCCUCGUCCUCUUAUGAACCAAUCUAUGCCUCCACCACCACCUCGCGUACGACGUAUCACAUUGACUGUCACGCCACCUACCAAUCCUUCCACCAAUGCCGCCACAUCAUCUACUACUACCACCACUAAUGCCGCUAUGCCACCUCCUCCACCACGUCAACCACGCACAAUCGCAACACCCUCUUCUUCUUUCGGUCCUUCAUCAUCAUCAUCCUCAUCAUCUUCCACCACCGCCAAGCGAUCAUCAUCACGUCGUGAACCCGCCAAGUCAAAGAAAUCCGCCACACCUACCACCACCACUACUACCGAAACGACAACAACAACAACAGUACCUGACGAUGUACGUGAGGUACAAGAAGCUCUCGGUCUUUUCGACUGA